AGUUUUCUGCCCGCUGUCACUCAUUCAGCCCGAGGUUCUCCAAGACACAAUAACCUGUGACAGAGUGAAAGAGUGUUUGCAUCAUGGACGUUCUUAUGUCCUCCGUGCUGCGGGACGAAGCACACCUACUGCCUGAGCCGGGGAUUCAGAUCUUCGAGCAGCCCAAGCAGAGAGGAAUGCGCUUCAGGUACAAGUGUGAGGGUCGCUCAGCCGGAAGCAUCCCGGGAGAGAAGAGCUCUGACAACAACAGGACGUACCCCAGCCUGCAGAUCCUGAAUUACUGCGGGAAGGGAAAGGUGCGCGUUUACCUGGUGACGAAGAACGAGCCGUACCGACCACAUCCGCACGACUUGGUGGGAAAGGACUGCAAAGAUGGAUUCUACGAGGCCGAGUUUGGCCCGGACCGCAGAGUGAUCGCUUUCCAGAAUUUGGGUAUCCAGUGUGUGAGGAGGAGAGAAGUGAAAGAGGCCAUCAUACAGAGGAUCACCAGAGGAAUCAACCCCUUCAAUGUGCCACGGGAGCAGCUGUUGCAGACAGAGGAGUACGACCUGAAUGUGGUUCGCCUGUGCAUUCAGGUUUUCCUGCAGGAUGAGAACGGCCACUACACCCGAGCGCUUAACCCCAUCGUCACCAACCCCAUCUACGACAACAGGGCCCCAAACACUGCAGAGCUGAGGAUCUGCCGGGUCAACAGAAAUAGCGGAAGUGUCAGAGGAGGAGACGAAAUCUUCCUACUGUGUGACAAAGUACAAAAAGAUGACAUUGAGGUGCGGUUCUUCUCCCCUGAUGGCUGGGAGGCCAAAGGCUCCUUUUCUCAGGCUGAUGUUCAUCGCCAAGUUGCCAUUGUGUUCAAGACUCCGCCCUACCACAACACGUCCAUAACGGACUCGGUGACCGUGCACAUGCAGCUACGCCGGCCCUCUGAUCAGGAAGUCAGUGAACCAAUGGAUUUCCGGUAUCUGCCUGAUGACAAAGAUCCUUAUGGAUACAAUGAGAAAAAGCGCAGAAGAGAGCACUUGAUGAAGAUAUCGGGAUUGUCAGGUGGUCCUUUUAGCGGUCUGACAAUGAAUAGGCCCAAGGCAGUACCACAGAGUACCAUGAGUCACCUGAAAAGAGACAUGGGCAAUGCAUACCCAAGACAACAACAGCAACCUUCUAUGUUCACCCAAGCCUAUCAACAGGCUCCUCAGAAUCUAAUGGCACCCAAUCUACAAUUAAGCCAUGCAUGGGCGAAUUCCAAUCCAACGCUCUCUAUGGACACAGUCACCAUAAACCCAGGUGCCAGCAAUCUGCCACGUCCUGUUAGCAGGCAACAGCCACCGAACCGCAGCUACCAACACCGUGUGGACCACAACAGCUGUGAGAACAAUGCCCUCCCUCAGCUCUCCAUGCGGGACCUGCAGUGCUUGGAUACAGGUUCUCAAGCCCCUGUAAUGAGAGAACCAGAGCAGCUCUUCCACCAGCAGAAUCAAAGGGAGGAGCUCCGAUCAGAAACUCCAAACCAAGCUCAGAACCAUCUGGUCAGCCAGAACCAAGGUAUUCAGUGGUCCAAUUUUACUACCAUGGGUUCAGUUCCGAACCCCUUUAAUGGAUCUGGAGGUGGAGGGGGAUCACAGGGGGUAGGGUCGUUCCCUUUCUUAGAGGGAAUAGAAGAGAAUGAUUUUCUGAAGAACAUGGCGGGAGCACCUCAGCCGUGCUUCCAGUUGAAACAGGAGUCCCAGAUCUCAGUGGGACAAGAGAGCCAUACUCCCCUCAUGCAGUCCCCAAGAGAAAGUCAAGGAAAUACGUAUACUAACCUGCUGCCCCGUCCAAUGAGCAAUGGCACCAACAGAGAUCCAAUGCGGCCAGACGGUACUGCCAUCAAAAAUCUCCAUAGUCCUUACGUAAACAACGGCACGACUGCAGAAGCCCACUAUGCAACUUUGGAGGACUGGAUGAAUCAAAAUGACUGAAAGCUGCUCAAAUUCUUCUUUUUAAACAGUAGCAGCUCAAAGGAGAGCAGAAAUUUCUUUACUCACGCUGGCCCUGCUAUGCUCAGUAGGCCUUUGCUUGGGUUGUUACCUCAGUGGGACCAAAAUGAUUGACAGUCAGUCAGCCUUAGGCAAUGUUUCGCAGAGAUAGAACUGGUUACUGAUCACUUGAUUGGUUAGCAAGAGUACUUCCUGAUUCUGAUUCUAACAACAUGGUACCUUGUGGUUGGUCUUUACUUCCAGUUAGUCAUCAACAUUAUCAGGUAAAUUUAGUUUCUUGAAAAACUGGAGACAAGCUAUUCCCAGUCCUUGUCCUAUUUAAAUUGGUGAUGCAUUGUUUCAUAAUUCUGUACAGUGGGAUUCUGUAAAGUUCAGCCCCAACUUGUAACCUGUGAUUUGUUGUUGCUUGUCUAUCAAGCCUUUUAUUUGUGGGGGUUCAGCUUUCAGCUGCUGGUGUUCGCCAUACUAGUCAGUUGAAGUGAUUCAUCUGGUCUCUUUAGGGGGUAGGAUCUUUAAGUGGACGAUCCAUGUUUUUAAUGACUAUAAAAGGAAAAAAACAGUAGCGUUGGCUUCCAAGCCAAAGUUAUGCCUUUGAAGAAGUGAAUGUACUACUUUCUUUCUUGAAUAUUUUUUUGUAAAGUUAGAAUUACUACCAAUAUACUGUAACAUAACAUGAUUUGUUUGAGGUUUCUUGGAUCUUGAGAAAACAAAGGAGUAAAUUUAUUGUUUUUGUAUGUCAUAAAGUGGAAUGGACAAAGUUUAACUUGGUAUUUUUAUUUUCUUGCAUGUAGUGAUGUGUUUUAUUCUUUGAUAUUU